AUGAUGGCGUUUCGAAUCAUAUUUUUCAGGGGAAUAAGAAUGCCAAUAAUUAUAUAUGUAUACUAUUUUCAUGAAUUUCCACGAGAAAGAGACCUUAUGAUCUCAGCGUCAAUAGAGGAGAAGCGCCGACCAAUCACGUGUGCGAUAAUUGACAAUUCGCCGGCGGCCGGGGUGUUCCGAUUUUCCCUGGACCGCAGACGGACACCAAAGCUUCGUGAAAACCACCAAACCUCAUCAACCUCGCUCCUUACGAUCCCAACCCGUCACCACCGGACCCCAGACCUCCCAGUCUCAUCAAUUGACACCUCCAGACGGCUCAGGAUGGGUAUCACCGACUAUUUCUCCGACGUUAUUUCCUCCUGGCUGCCCGAGGCCCUCGCUGAGGCUCCCGCCCAAGACACCGAGGAGUCCAGCGCCCCCGAGGCUGAGCCAGAGGUGAAGGCCGACGAGUCUGAGGAGAACACUGAGGAGAGCACUGAAAAGAGCGAGGACUCCGCUGAGGACACCCCUGAGGAGAGCUCCGAGGAGGGUGGUGAGGAAGCCGAGGAGGAAGAGGAAGAAGAGGAGGAAGAGGAGGAGGAAGAAGAGCCCGAGGACGUCAAGCCCAAGAUUGAGGAGGAAUGCGCCAACUCCGCCCAGUGUGCCCCCUACAAGCACCACUACGACGAGUGCGUUGAGCGCGUCACCAAGCAGCAGGAGGACGAGGACUACAAGGGCCCCAAGGAGGACUGUGUCGAGGAGUUCUUCCACCUCGCCCACUGCGCCACCCAGUGCGCCGCUCCCAAGCUCUGGAAGGCCCUCAAAUAA